GUGGUUGGACGCAGAGAGACCGUGCUCUUAAAUGUUAGCCGGUGAGCGACUGUUUUGAUGUGUUUUAAUGUCAUCCACUUGAACAAUUCGCGGAAUCGAACUCAGUUUAUUCGCGAGUGUUCCCGCGCGAUAAUCGUGGAAACUAUCAUUCGAAUCUUUAUCGCGUUAGAAACCGAUAAUUCGAUUGGUCUUGCGUCGUUUGCCAGAAGUGUGUCAAAGUCGAUGUAACGUGUUUCUGUGCGUCCAUAGUCAAUCGUUGCUAUAAGUGCUCUGGGCUUCGGAUAUGGUUUCUGUCGAAUAAAAAAUGCCGGUGCGGUAGUGAUCGUGGCCUCGAAGCGAGUCCUUUUACGGCGGGGACGAGCAUCGAAAGCGGAGGAGAGCCCUCUCUCUGUCUUUCUCGUUCUCUCGCCGAUCGUCGUCGACUUUGGCCCACAGAAAGCGGCAGCAGCCAGCCGAGCAGAGCUCUGGAAGGGACGGAGGAGGAAAAACGAGCAGAACGAGGCUGGCAGGAGAGAAACAUCGGAAACUAGACGCCAGGUACAGAGCUAGCAUUGGAGUAAAGCGGCCGAAGACGAAGCGGCUCGAAGGAUCGUAAAAAGGCAGGAGAAAGAGCGAGCGAGAGAGAGAGAGAGAGGGAGAGAGAGAGAGAGAGAGGGAGAGAGAUAGGUAACUCUUAGGGAUUCGGGGGAAGAAAAAGCCGUCGGAGAAGGGAAUACCGGUGUGGUCCUGGACGUCAGGUAGAUCCAGCAUGAAGUAGGUGGAGAGCCGAGGAGUUUCGAAGAAAGACCGCUGGAGGUCGCUGGAAGAAGGAAGAAAAUUGAUCGUAGGGUACCCAGAGGAAGAGAAAGUAGGGUGAAAAAGGCGGAAAGAUAGCGGAGAGGAGAUUGAUUAUAAUUCACGAUCGAUCCUGGAGGAGACUGAUAGAGAAGGAGGCUAAAUGCCAGAUAAAGGAAAAGGGAGCGAAGGGAAGAAGGCGUGGAAGGAGGGUUAGAGGUCUAGAUAGAGAGGUCACGAGCCGAGGAAGCCGGUGAAGGAGAGGAAUGGGUGCCGGGAUGGGCAGGAGCGGCACGAGCGGCGGCUUCCUCGAGGCACUUCCUACGGGAACGCCGCUCCACGUGGCCAUGCUCGGCCUAGACAGCGCUGGGAAGACCACCGCGCUCUAUCGACUCAAGUUUGACCAGUACCUAAACACCGUGCCCACCAUCGGCUUCAACUGCGAGAGAAUCCGCGGUGGCAUCGGGAAAGCGAAAGGUGUGAAUUUUCUCGUGUGGGACGUGGGCGGGCAGGAGAAAUUACGACCGUUAUGGAAGUCCUAUACCCGAUGCACGGACGGCAUUAUCUUCGUGGUCGACUCGUGUGACGCGGAGCGACUCGAGGAGGCGAAGAUGGAGCUGACCAGAACGGCCAGGAGCCCGGAUAACGCCGGUGUGCCCAUUCUGAUCCUGGCCAACAAGCAGGAUCUGCCAGGUGCCAAAGAGGUAGGCGAAUUGGAAAAGCAUCUAGGCGUCCUGGAAUUAGCUGGAAUGCCAGGCAGCGCGUGCAUCAGAGUGCAGCCGGCCUGCGCGAUCACCGGCGAAGGUCUUCACGAAGGGUUGGACACGCUGUAUCAGCUGAUACUGAAGCGACGUAAGCUCGCGAAGCUGAACAGGAAACGGGCUAGGUAGGCCAGGGCCUCGGAGGACUGCACGUGCGUCUUCUGAUUUUGUAAGUCGCGGACAGUCUCUCCUUUGGAUACAGCCACGCCUUCCACGGUGUCUUCUUCCUCGGCCUCUUCGUCGUCGUGCUGCAAUGACGACGUCCACGAGGUGCUCGAGUGAACGCACGUGCACGUUCACGCGGACAAUUGUUCACGUCGUGAAACAACCCCACCUUUGUUCACCACGAUUCUUUCAUGGACCAGUGUCUCCCGAGACGCUGGCCGACCGGACGUGUGUUUAAAGGUGCAAGCUGAACGGUGGAUUCGUGCGAGAUCGAAACCUAUCCCGUUCUUCGAUGCAGAUCUCAUCUGCGAAGACAGUUCGAAUGAUCUUCGUUGGAGACAGAGGUUCUUUCAGAGGUGCCAGCUAUGCCCGGAUGCUUCGCGCCGGGAGUUUAGGCGUUGCUCACUUAUCACUUGCUAUUUUUCUCAGAGGAUACGGACAUGUCUUCCCUGCCUCCGAACAGGAAGUUAGGGUCAGGAAGACGUAAGAAAUUUUGCUACGCGAACCAGAUAUUCUCCAGAGACUAGACGAAUCGUGGAUGUAACGACAACGAAACAAGUGCUUCUUCGCCGUUACACGGAAGCUCUAUUUUGCCAAAUUUUCCAUCACCUCGGCUCGUUAUCGGUAACGAGCUCGACGCUGCUUAAGCCUGUGCUGCACUCGACGAAAGUGAAAACGCACGAACGCAAAGGCCCGCAAUCGCGCAUUUUUCUUCCACGAAGGGGUCAAUCGACGCAUUCGCGUUAACGAUGUUUCAUCGCGCUGACUUCAUUGCUGAUAACGAUGACGUCCAGUCGUAUUAACGAUGCUGACGUGAGAUCUCCGGGUCAAAGAGGAAGACGAAGAUAAGAGCUGGGAUAUCGGUAACCGUGACCGGUAAUUCGAAGCUCUGGAAGUGAUCGGGAUUAAUUAAGAAUCGUCGCGACCAACACCCGAGACUCGGAUCCUCGAUCAGGAUGGAUAGCUCGAUCGGGCGAAGAUUUUUUUACUUGGACGACGGAUAUGCUAGGGGAUUCUCGUCGCAGCGAGUAGAAAAGAGAAUCCCAGUAGAUCGUUUCCUUUUGUCACGUGGAGGGCCCCCGUGGUCUUGGGAUCGCGGAUUAUCCUUCGUCGUGAAUUUAUCGUGUUAGUAAAGCCAUAGUACGCGUUCGUAGAGCUCGAGGUGAAUCGUGGACCUAGAUGUCCCGACGACGACCGUGCCUCUCCAGUUUUUUGCACCUUUAUACCAUGUAACGAGAGAAAGCGAGAGAAAGAGCGACAAAACUGAUAAAACUGAUACGUGUAGAUAGUAUGUCGUGGCUUCUUACCGGCGAACGGAAUUUUUGUAAAACGAUGUGAUAACUACCUGCCCCUCUGCCCCCUUCCUUAUCCAAUUAAAUUAGCCUGUAUCGUACGCGUGUACACGUGAAUUUGUAUCGUAUUCGUUGUAUCGUGCUCUAUAGGCAAGUAGAAAAGCGAACCGAUCGUUUUGAGCUUGGUCGGGAUCGAUACAUAUCUCGAGGAAGUCCAACCGAUCGAUGAUCCAGCGUGAUAUUCUUUUAAUCGCGAUCGAAGCUGUUCCUCCAUACGAUUCGCUCGUUUCUCGGAUCUUGAUAUAUCGUUUCGCCUUUCUCUAUGCGUUCAAAGCUUGCGGAGAAAAUUGGAUUUUUCCUGACCCGUUUCGCGGGUCAGCUUUCGGGUUGUUCUUUGAAAGAUUAGUCGAUUCUUGUGCAGAAGUCUGAGCGAAGGUUAGAGCUCAAAACGGUGGGUGCUCGUGUUUCUUGCCAGUGUACUUUAUCCUUAACGGCCCCUUCGACGUGUGCACUUCCGGUACGGGCAAUUCUUAUCGACACCACCGCACGAGACGAUAUUUUCUCGACACGGUCAUGGGGAACAUAUCAGCAGAAACGAUUUUUCGUUAUGUAAAACGUUCUCGAUACUCACGAGUAGCUUAGUUUUUACGAGAAACCUUCGAAACCUCGAACUCCUAUGAUUUUUCGUCCACGGAUCCUGCUCGCAGAAAAUAUCGUGUCCGAUUGCUCGACCGGUCAGUCGACGAAGAAUUGCUUGCUCCGAUUAGAAGCGUGUUUGCCGCUGAAAUUCCUUUUUCGUGUCUCGGGCGAAGAAACGCGAAGUUCUGAUUUUAUUCGGUGUUCUCGU